UAAAACUUUUUAAUUAAGAAAGUAUAUGCAUUUUUAAAUUAAGAAAACAACUGUGGAUUAUAUUAAUUUCAUAAAAAGAAGAAGCUGACAUCAAAACAAACAUGGUUAAUAAACAGUAUUCGGCCAGUGAUUUGGAGACGUUUAUGAAAAUUGCCGCAAAUUGGCAAAGCACAAACCAAAAUUUGCUAGAAGGCGUGGAUAUAAAAGGAGAAAUGCAACAAUAUUUAAAUAAUCCCGCUAUGAAUAUGUAUAAAAAACGUGAACGUACACAAAACUGGAAUCACUUGGAGAAAAAGUUCCUGCUGGAGUUGUGUCGUAAGGAUAUGCGUAUCAUUGAAAACAAGCGGCUGGAUGCCGGACUGACGGCUGUGAAAAAUAAAGCCUGGAAAAUAAUACAUCAGAAAUUUUCGAAUCAGUUUGGUACGGAUCGUACGUGCAACCGUCUUAAAGAACAGUGGCGUAGAAUGAAAGCCUGUACGCGUAAUGAAAUACUAGAUUAUAAUACACGACUCUCCAGAUUUGGUCCAGAAAUGGCUGAUCGUAAAAAACCUUCCCCAUUCACUUUUGAGGUUUGGGACUUUAUGCAAGAAGCUAAGAAAGCGUGCAAGUCUGAAGCACUUGAUGGUAUUGACUAUUCGAAAAUGCCUUUAGCUUUGGAAGAAGACUUCGAAUAUAAAGAAGAUGAGCACAACGCAGAAGAAGAACAUGAUAUGGAUGACAGUAGUCGCACUCCGCCACAGGAAUUAUGCGAUAUUGAUAUUAAAGAAGAAACAAAUGAGACCUUUAAUGAUACCUAUAAUGAAUCACUUGUUAAUGGAGACCGUCUCACAUCUUCACCAAACCAUAGUCGCAAUGCUUUGCUGGACACCGAACGCAUCAAUACACAUAGUCCGACAACAACAGCUGAACAUAAUACCAGCUACCUGCAACACAAUGGUGACAUGCCAAAUUUCACACCAACCUUCAAUAUGAAUAACAUAUCCGCCACAUUAGAAGCACUAAAUGCACUACGUACAGGACAAUUCUCCACGGCUGCCGCAGCAGCAGCAGCUGCUGCAAUGCAAAAUAACAUAGCGGCUGUUGUGCAACAGCAAAAACAGUUAACAACACAAUCGGACGAUGACCAGCCUGUUGCAAAACGUCAACGUACUUCCAGUGUAAAUGGCAGCAUUGCCGAUGAACGAGAACAGCAGAAUAUCAGCUCAGUAAACGGUGCAACUAGCACAAGUGAAAGUGGCAACAACAAUGAAUUGCUUGAAUUCAUGGAAAUGCAGAAGAAAGAGCAUAUGAUGCGUAUGAAAAUACUUGAAAUGCAAUAUCAGGCAGCCAAAUACAGCAGUGAUAUUGCCGAAAUCAAUAAAACUCUGGCCAUACAGAAACUACAAGAGUUUGCUAGUAAACGUAUGCCCAAUUGAGUUUGUUUUUAGACAAACCGAAACUUCUUGGAAAACCAAAGGAAGUAUUAUGAAUCGUUUCGAAAAAUGCAAGCUACAAAUCAUAACAGUUUUAAUAUUUAUUAAUUUAUUAUUGUUAAUUCUUUUAAUAUAAGUUUGUCCCUUUCGAGCUACGCUCGCUUGUAGAAUUAAUUCAAGCUGUUAGCUGAUAUAGAUGCAGACGGCAUUCUUGUAACGUGUAGUUUUAUGCAUACAUUCCUUUAGAAAAUUUGUAUUAAUAAAUUUGUACACUUAAAGCUAAGGCAGUUUAGUAUAAAAACGCAUUGGCCAAUGCAGUAUUCUUUAAAAAAAAUAUUUUUUACAAAUAA